AUGGCUUCUUGUGACAAAGCAGAAAACCCAAGUCCAUGCGCCCGGGGUUGUGGCUUCUAUGGAACCCCACGCAAUCACAAUCUUUGUGUCCAAUGUUAUAAAGCUUUCUUGAAAGAACAAGCCCCCAAGGAUGCAUUAACUUUAUCUGAAAAGAUAUCUUCUCUUACUAUUAAAACUGAAAAAGAUGAUUCGAGACGAAAACACAAAGGUGUAUGGAAUCAUAGGUAUCCAGAGGAACAUGCAUGCACAUUCAAUUUCAAGUCUAUUGGACGUGUGAUCUUGGCUAAGGAAAAUCCUCUCUGCAAAGCUGAUAAACUUGAGAAUAGGAUCUAA